UUAGGGUUAGGGUUAUGCGCAAUGUUGUUGCUGUAGGAGCGUGGGACUCCAAGCGGCAGUAGAGAGCAAACAAACGUGCCUGCUUGAUCACUAUCAACACAGCGGAAAUCGACGCAGCACCCGCAUUGACAAUUCGGACACAUUCUGAUCAAGAGAGAGAUACAAGAACAACCACCAAGAAAAUACUCCUACUGUACGCACGGAGAGGCAACAAAACAGAACCCAACCAGGACGGUUCUAAUCAGGUGGACAGAGUGCUGUUCAAUAGAGAGGCCCAACUGAAGCAGCAGCUAUGCCAUUCCCCUUUGGCAAGUCCCACAAGUCUCCUGCAGACAUUGUGAAACACCUGAAGGACAGCAUGGCAGUACUAGAAAAACAAGACAUCUCAGAUAAAAAGGCAGAAAAGUCCAUUGGAGGUUUGCAUUGUUCUCAAGCCCCUCGCGCUUUACAAAACGGUGCCCCCGUGCGCCUUGCCACAAGGCGCAAUUCCUCUCCGCGCUGUGCGGAGGAAUUGCAGCGCGAGGACAAAACGAACGUUGCUAUGAGGCUGCCAUGGGCCAAGAGACUCUCCUUAACGGGGAGAGAGAAGAUGGAUAAAACAGCACUUCUAUCAGCAACAGAAGAAGUCUCAAAGAACUUGGUGGCCAUGAAGGAGAUCUUGUAUGGCACGAACGAGAAGGAGCCUCAGACAGAAGCAGUGGCUCAGCUGGCCCAGGAGCUGUAUAACAGCGGUCUCCUUAGCACACUAAUAGCAGAUUUGCAACUCAUUGACUUUGAGGGUAAAAAAGAUGUUGCUCAGAUUUUCAACAACAUUCUCCGAAGACAGAUUGGCACAAGGACCCCUACGGUAGAAUACAUUUGCACCCAGCAGAACAUACUUUUCAUGUUGUUAAAAGGAUACGAAUCUCCUGAAAUUGCUUUGAAUUGUGGUAUAAUGCUGAGGGAAUGCAUCAGACACGAGCCAUUGGCUAAAGUCAUACUGUGCUCUGAGCAGUUCUACGAUUUCUUCAGAUACGUGGAAUUGUCAACAUUCGAUAUCGCGUCUGAUGCGUUUGCCACGUUUAAAGAUUUACUUACAAGACACAAGCCACUGAGUGCAGAAUUCUUGGAACAACAUUAUGACAGAUUCUUUAGUGAAUAUGAGAAACUACUCCAUUCAGAAAACUACGUGACAAAAAGGCAGUCUCUGAAGUUGCUUGGAGAGCUCCUUUUAGAUCGACACAAUUUCACAAUUAUGACCAAGUACAUCAGCAAGCCAGAGAAUCUGAAAUUAAUGAUGAACCUUCUAAGAGACAAGAGUCGCAAUAUCCAGUUUGAGGCCUUCCACGUCUUCAAGGUGUUUGUAGCCAAUCCCAACAAGACCCAGCCCAUCUUAGAUAUUUUGCUGAAGAAUCAGACAAAACUUAUUGAGUUUCUUAGCAAGUUCCAGAACGACAGGACCGAAGAUGAACAAUUCAAUGAUGAAAAGACCUACUUGGUAAAACAAAUCAGGGAUUUGAAGAGACCAGCCCCACAGGAAGCAUAAACCUUCAUUAACCGAAACUACAACAGUAAAAUCAGCAACUACUGUUAGGUAUUGAACAUUAAGCACCCUUCAGUUCAUGAGGAGUAUUCAUGCUAAUCUGCUGUUCAGUGAACGGUUGUUUUUUUAUGUUAUUUUUGGGGGGGGUUCAAGAUAAAACUGCUGCUUUCUUGCACAUUCGAACACAAUGUGGACUUAUUACUGAAGUAUUUUGUCAUUCAGACAAUGCAAAACAACAUUUUUGCCUUUAUUGCUUUAUGGAAUUAUUUGCAGGUGAUGAGAUUUGACAAUAUAUAAAUUGAACUGUUUUAAUUUUGUUUAUUUUUAUUUAACACAUUUUCAAAAAGUAGCGAGAGUAGUGAUUUUUGCAUUUCAUUACAGAAGUUUGCUGGUUUCCUUUGUACAUAACUCCUUAGACAGCUCAUUUCUGCUUAAGAUAUGAAUUAAUUUGUACAGCAGAGAAUGUUAUUGUAUUAGUAUGUAACUAUUAACCUAAUAUUGAGUUUUUUUUGUUUGUUUUUUUCCAAAUGACUGCGCAUGUAUGAUAUUUUUGCAGAUCACAAUAAUGCUGAUUUACCUGCAAAGUAUUAAAAGAAAGUGCCAUCACUCCGGACAGGUUAAUAUUAACUAAAACCUCAUCGACCUGGAUUCUAACCAAGCCCAACUGAAGCCGAUUCAUUUAGUAUACUUUUUUUGUAUGAUUUUAAUUGGCCUUAAAAUAAAUGUCAAGUUCUCCAGUAAUAAACAA